GAAGCACUUGCUGCUAGUUUCUAUUUCGCUAGAGACUCGAGAGAUUGAGGAAUUCACCCAAUGCAGCUGAAGGCUGAAACGCAUUGUGCAAAAAUCUUUGUCUCUAUUUUGCUGACAGAGAUCUGUUUGCCAGUGAUUUAUUUCAUGUGGCUGGCUGAGCAGAUGGUCAGUCGUAGAGGCUGUCUCCCUGGGGCUCUGCUUCACCUUGACACUUCAUAUGCUCGAAUUUCUCAGGGGUUGAUUCUGACAAGUAUAAAGGCACGUCAUUGACUCCAUUUAGUUUUCACGGAAUCAACAAGCAUCUCGUCUGAGUAUUCGACUAAGAAAUCAUCCGCCAUCAAAACCUAUAUCAUUGCACAUCUCUCAACUGUCAAUAUCUCGAGCUGUUCUUUACGCUUUCUGUAAAAAGAAUUCAAAAUGACCACCUUCUCGGCUUCCCCCAACCGCACCAUUACCUGUAUUGAACCAGAGACGGAAGCUGCAAAGAUUCUAGCAAACAAAUGGUACUGGACGGUUGCCAAAACGGUUGCAACUGAAGGCAGCCCCGAUGGAGAAUCAAACAUUAUUUGGCGAGCGCAGGGUUUUGCGCCGGAAAUGGAUGUUACCUGGAAAACACAGUACGCGUUGAACUGGACUACGAACCUCCAAACCGGCGCGGAGGUCAAGCUUGGCGGCUUGUGGGUUGCUGCGAACAAGGGCGAAGUCUGGAACGUGAAUAAUCUUGGCUACCUGGAGAAGGAGAGUGAUGCGGGUCUUCCGGGGUGGUUGAAUAUUGGAAAUGUCGAUUACGACUACGGAGGCGUGGGAAUCCACAUCGUGGUUGGCCUCGUGUCCGACGACAAAAACUUUGAAAAAGUAUUUGUCGACCCGGUCAGCCUGUUCAAAAACAGCAAUGCCAGAUAUCAGCCCCUGGAGAAAGCGCAAUGGUGGUUUGAGGGCGAGGACAAAACCGGACAGGUUUACUCCAGCACGAUGACCAGCAUUGGAGAAGUUGAUCUGACCAAUCCGGCCCCAGCAACGGGAAAUUACGCCUGGUGGACUACCUAUCUCACUGGCGAUGGAACAUGGUACAAUUAUCAGCAACCACCAAUGACCCUUAAGCAUACAUCAGCCACCAAGGAGCUUGUCGGGUUCAAUCCGGUUUUUGUAUCUCUUUCCAAGACUGUAGGCAAAGAAUUUCGCCAAGCCGCAACAAAGUGGGUGAAAACCCGCCUUGGGAAGAUCUACAACAACGUGUCAGUUGAAUUCACACUGGUCUACACCAAGCAAAAUGGAAAAGAGCUCAAGGUCACGUAUGGCAGCAAGAAAUCGGCCGUUCCCGGCACCAGACAGUACAUUGGUUUCACGCUGGACGAAAAGGAUGAGUUCGACCAGGACCUCUUGAAUGCUAUUUCAGACGGCGCAGAUGAUGAGCAUUUUCCCAGAGGCGAAACCGGUACCAUUAUUCUCUUGAACAAGGUCAAUGGCUUUCAUUGAUGGAAAUCUCCCACUUUGAGUCCAACGACGUGUUAGAAUGUGGUUUCCUUGAUAAGUACUUUGAUUGAUUCGCAGCCAUCACCGGCCCAUUUUCUCGUGAUAAAUUGAAUAAUCGUUCUGGCUUCAGUAUCAAACAGAAAAGAAGAAAAAAUUUCGCCUUCAUACUAUUCGCAUUUAAUCUGUUACUUCCCCAUGUUU